CUCCCGUAGACUCCUGGCAUUAUUCAGCAAUAAGGUGAUGAGUUUACAGCAUGAAACAAAAAUGUGUCCUUCACAGCUGACUGGCAAGGAAUAUGCAGAAUACAGCAUUUGCAGUCCAUGAAGUCUGAAAUGGUAGUUUCAAGAAUUUGUCUUCCAAAUGUACUUGAACAACUUUGAUGAUUGAUCUAACAAAUGUAGCCAUGGCUGGGCCUGGUCUGCGAAUACCAAUGGAGCUGAACAAGAUCCACCAUGAUGAAGGCUACCCUCUUGACCUUGAGAGCUACCAUGAUAUCACUCUGGUUUCCAACUUCAGAAGAAGCACCAGUCCUUCCAGUAGAAGCAAGCGCAGGGCUCACUUCUCUCCCAGCAUAAAUGAAAAGGAAGAUCUCCGUUUCUGGAUCCCUGAAAACAUUCAAAAAAAAGAAUGUGUUUAUUUUAUUGAAAGUUCACAGUUGUCAGAUUCUGGGAAAGUGGCAUGUGAAUGUGGUUAUCUCAGGGAAGAGCACUUAGAGGAAGCCAUAAAACCUGUCAUGUUCCAAGGGAAGGAAUGGGAUGCCAGAAGACAUGUCCAGGAAAUGCCAACAGAUGCCUUUGGGGACAUUACUUUUACAGGCUUGGGGCAAAAAGUUGGGAAAUAUGUGCGAGUCUCUUCCAGCACUUCUCCAAAAACACUUUACCAGUUGAUUACACAGUACUGGGGGCUUGAUAUACCCAACCUCUUAAUAUCAGUGACAGGAGGAGCUAAAAACUUCAGCAUGAAGAUGAGACUGAAGAAUAUAUUCCGUCAGGGACUUGCCAAAGUAGUACAAACAACAGGUGCCUGGAUCAUCACAGGUGGUUCUCACACUGGUGUGAUGAAGCAAGUAGGGGAAGCACUCCAGGAUUUUAUUAUGAGCAGCACCUAUAAAGGCGAGAUUGUCGCUAUUGGCAUUGCAUCUUGGGGGACAGUACACAACCGUAAUAGCCUCAUCUGCCGCACGGGUAGCUUCCCUGCAGAAUAUAUUUUGGAUGAGGAAACUCAAGGAAGCCUUUCUUGCCUGGACAGCAAUCAUUCACACUUCAUUCUGGUGGAUGAUGGAACACAUGGGAAAUAUGGGGUGGAGAUCCCUUUGAGGACCAAACUUGAGAAAUACAUUUCAGAGCAAACCAAGGUGAAAGAAGGAGUUGCCAUUAAAAUACCUAUUGUUUGUGUAGUGCUGGAGGGUGGACCUGGGACUCUUGAUACAAUCUAUAAUGCAAUCAACAAUGGCACACCAUGUGUGAUUGUGGAAGGCUCUGGUAGAGUAGCUGAUGUCAUUGCUCAAGUGUCUAAUCUCCCCAGUCAUGAAAUAAGUAUUUGCCUAAUUCAGAAAAAAUUGAGUAUAUUUUUCAAGGACAGCUAUGAAUUGUUCACAGAGAACAAGAUUGUGGAAUGGACUAAAAAGAUCCAGGAUAUUGUACGAAACAAGCAGCUCCUGACCAUCUUCCGAGAAGGCAAGGAUGGACAGCAAGAUAUUGAUGUGGCCAUUUUGCAAGCAAUGCUCAAAGCCUCACGGUCCCAUGAUCACGUUGGCCAUGAAAACUGGGACUACCAGCUGAAGCUUGCAGUGGCAUGGAACCGAGUGGAUAUUGCCAGGAGUGAGAUUUUCACUGAAGAUCAUGAAUGGAAGCCUUUUGAUCUACAUCCAAUGAUGGCAGCUGCCCUCAUAGCAAACAAGCCAGAGUUUGUGAAGCUGUUUUUCGAGCAAGGUAUACAGUUGAAGGAAUUUGUUACCUGGGAUACUUUACUUUACCUCUAUGAAAACAUGGCAACCUCCAGUGUCUUCUAUGGGAAGCUGCAGAAGGUGUUGCUGGAAGAGAAGGAGCGUAUCGCCAUUUCCAAAAUGCCAAGGAUGCAGUUGCAUCAUGUAUCCCAGGUGCUGAGAGAACUGCUGGGAGAUUUCACACAACAGCUGUAUCCGAAGCUAAAGAACACUGAGAAACAUCAUCUUCCCAUUCCUGUGCCCCAGAACAAGGUGCAAGGGGUACAUCUUCAAGCAUUCUAUAAACGUUCUGCUGCUCAGGGACCAUUCAGCGUGGAUCCUGUGCGAGAUUUACUUAUAUGGGCAAUUGUUCAAAACCGCAAGGAGUUGGCUGAUAUAAUUUGGGCUCAGAGUCGAGAUUGUAUUGCAGCAGCAUUGGCCUGCAGCAAUAUGCUGAAGGAAAUAUCUAAGGAGGAAAACGACACUGACAGUAGUGAGGAAAUGCUAACCCUGGCAGAGAAGUAUGAGCACCGAGCUGUAGGUGUCUUCACAGAAUGUUGUCGGAAGGAUGAAGAAAGAGCCCAAAAUCUCCUGAUCCGGGUCUCUGAUGCCUGGGGAAAGACCACAUGCCUUCAGUUGGCUCUGGAAGGCAAAAACAUGAAGUUUGUUUCUCAUGGGGGUGUUCAGGGCUUCCUAACCAGAGUUUGGUGGGGAAAGCUGAGUGUCGAUAAUGGGAUAUGUCAGGUCAUCCUAUGCAUGCUGUUCUUCCCUCUGCUCUAUACAGGCCUCAUAACUUUCAGAAAAAAGAGGAUCCAGCCAACUACUGGUUUAAACCGCUUCCGAGCGUUCUUCACUGCCCCUGUGGUCAUCUUCCACCUCAACAUCCUUUCCUACUUCAGUUUUCUCUGCCUAUUUGCUUUUGUGUUGAUGACAGAUUUCCAGUCAACUCCAUCCUGGCCAGAAUAUGUCGUCUAUUUCUGGCUUUUCUCCUUAGUGUGUGAAGAGGCCCGUCAGCUUUUUUGUGAUCCUGAUGGGUUUGGCUUGGUCAAAAUGGCUUCUUUAUAUUUCAGUGAUUUCUGGAAUAAACUGGAUGCAUGUGCCAUUCUGAUCUUUAUAGUUGGAUUGGUCUGUAGUUACACAUUCCAGCAGGUGCAGGAGCACACUGACCAGAUCUGGAAAUUUCAGCGUCAUGACCUGAUUGAAGAGUAUAACAGCAGGCCACCAGCUCCGCCACCUUUUAUCCUCCUAAACCACCUGCAGAUAUUUGUCAAGUGCGUGUUUCUUCAGAAGCCAACCACGCGGCACAAGCAGCUCAAAAAGAAAUUUGAGAAGAAUGAGGAGGCAGCUUUAUUGUCCUGGGAGAUGUACUUGAAGGAUAAUUAUUUGCAACUCCAGCAGUCUCAACAAAAGCACACCCCUGAGCAGAAGAUCCAGCACAUCACAGACAGAGUGGAUAAACUAACAGAAAUGCUGGACCUUGAUCAGGGAAAAAUGAUGAAGCUAUUGGAACAAAGGAUGUUGCACCUGGAAGAACAGACAUUCCAGUUUGCAAAAGCAUUACAAUGGAUUGUUCAAUCAUUAUCUAACAGUGGGUUUGGUACAGAGGAAGAUAUUCCUGUUUUAGUCCCUAGCAGGGCUGCUGAAACAAAGGAGCAGCAGGCAAAGGAAGUCUCAGAAUAUGUAUUCACCCUGUCUCAUGUGAGUUCUAGGAACCUCUUGUAUCCCAAGUCUACUGCCAUUCGUUUUCCUGUGCCAGAUGAGAAGGUGCCAUGGGAGACAGAGUUCGAUAUCUAUAAUCCGCCCUUCUAUAGUUCUGAAACACAAGAGGAUUUUACACCGAAGUUCCUGAGAGACAAGUUGGAGAACCUUUCAAGAAUAAACUUCAACAGCCUGGAUGGAGAUAUCAACAGGCAGAGUUUCCAUGGCACUUACACUGUCAAGGAUGGCCUGCCACUAAAUCCCAUGGGUAGGACAGGCCUUAGGGGCCAAGGAAUCCUUAGGUUAUUUGGACCCAAUCAUGCCCUUCAUCCAGUUGUGACACGUUGGCGGAGGAAUGUUGAUGGAUCAAUUUAUAGAAAAAACUUGAAGAAAAUGCUGGAGGUUCUAGUAGUCAAAUUCCCUUUCUUGGAUAAUUGGGCCUUGCUUGGGUUUCUCCAGGGUGGUGACUUUGAAGUGAUGGUGCGAUGGCAGGUGGUGGACAAGAAGAUCCCCCUUUAUGUCAAUCACAAAGAACUUCUGAGGAAAGCAACUAUCCUUUUGGGAGCACAUUUCUAAUGGCCAAGAGCAACAUUAAAAUUUGCAUUUGCAUUUCGUCCUCAGCUCUUUCUAACUGCAGUAAUCCAACCAGUAUCCUGCUGUUCAGCGAAUCUCUUUAGGACAUUUUUCCAUUCCAGCUGAAUUUAGAAAUGAAACUCUUCUUGAUUUGGCCAAAAAUGUAUGCUUGUUUGAACUGGAAAAAAGAAGGGUUAGAGCUUUCUUUCAUUAUACUGAAAUCCUGAAUAACCUUUCCAGAAAUGCCACACAUAUUUCUGUGGAUCAUGUAGAAGUAAUGGACAUUAGUGGCCUCAUAAAUUUGUAAAAUAUAUGUAAUAAAGUGAAUUGUAAUUCAUCUUGUAAUACUAUUUAAUACUAUUAAUAGCAGGGGAAUAAGCAAUCUCUGCCUUCAAAUUGCACACAGCAUCACUUUUCAUCCAAGAAGCAAAAGCAAAUGUGGUAAUAUUCUUCAAAUACUUGAAAGGAGGGCAGAAGGGCACAACUUCUCUAUUAUUGCAUUAUGCAUACUAAUAGACAUAAUUUACAGGACUUCAGUUGACUUUUAGAAAAAAAGAUCCUAAAACAAAGAGUAGUUUUACAAUGGAACUAAUCACUAAGCUAAUAGAUUCUCCUUCACUAAUUAAAUGGGCCUAGUGGCCAUGAGGGAGAGGAGGGUUUUAAUUUGAACUAUAUCAGGCACUAAAUUGGACUGGUUUUAAAUGCCCCCUUUUGACUAUAUGAUUCUUCUUGAUAUAGAUGAAUUUUUCCUGCAGAACCUUCUGGCUAUUAUACCAGAACAGUAAAAAGCAAUUAAGCUCCUAUAUUCUUACACAAACUGUGUAUUAACCAUGUGGAUAUAAAAAGUUUGCUUUACGUUGGAAGUGCCAUGAUUGUAGUUAUGUUUUGGUGAUCCAUCCAUUUUUAUAUUAAUCUAAUAAUAAGUGUCUAGCAGGUUGUCCAAAUAAAAUCAUUUAUGUGAAGAU